AUGAAUAAUUUAAAUGAAUUCAAAGAAAGAAUUUAAUUUCUUUUGGCAGAAGCAUUAAAUCUUCCAAAAAAAUAAUAAUGCUUAAUAGAAUUCAAUAGACUCCUUGUUGCUAAUAAAAGUGAUCAACAUUUAAAAAUUGUUUUAUAAGUCUUAGAAACAUAAAAAAUUAAUGAAGUUAAUCUAAGAGCAUUAAAAAUAUCAAUCUAAGUUUAAAAAUAUGAUUUAAAUUCAUCACUUAGAGCUGCAACAAUUAUUAAUAAAGCUUUUAAUGAAGGAAAUGAUUUAAUACAUUAACUCUGUGGAGAAUGUUAUAGAUUAUUAGCAAAUUCAACAACUAUUAUUUCUUUAUGUGAAUUACUGUGUAAUCUUGCUUUGAAAUUAACAUCAUAACCUAUUUAAGUAAUAAUAAUAAUAAUUUAAAUAAUUAGAUUGGUUCCACAAUAUCAUUAUAUUAUCUAUUGUAAUUUGAGGUACCAAUUAAUAUAAAAAAAUAAAUAUAAUCAGCAUACAUCAAAAAUUAACUUAUUGUACAUUAAUCUAUGGUAGAAAUCAUGAUUAAAAUAACAACAAGUUAAGAUCAAAAUCUUGUUUAAAUACUUUAAAGAAGUUUAGCAGCUCUUUAAGAAUAGAAACAUACAUAUUAAGUAAAAUAAACACUAUGUAAAUUUAUAUUAGCAUUAGCUGAUUACUAAACUUAUGAUGACAAUUUGUUAGUAAUAUUAUCAUUCAUUAUCAUAGUUAUAAUCUGUUACUAUUUUAAGAGAAACAACAUUUGAUAGAGUUGUAUCAGUUUAAUAAGCUGCUAAAUAAGCUUUAUAGUUAUAUUAAAAUCUAUACAUUGCUAGAAAUCCUCCUUAAGUAACAACAUCUAGUUAUUUUCCUGAUGUGAAACCAUUUAUUAAAAAAAAAAGAGGAGAUGGACAUUUAGUUUUAAAUGCUGAAAAAUAUAAGAAAUUGCAAAUAAGUUAAGUGAAGUAACAAUUAGGAAAAAUAUAAGAGAAAGUAACAGAGUAAAAAAUACAAGAUUCAUUGAUCGAUUAAUUUAUACAAUAAGAAUAAAAAUAAUCAGAAUAACAAAUUGAAAAUGAAGGAAUAUAAUCUGAUUAAGAAGAUAAUGAAGAAAUAACAGAGAAUAUUAAUCCUUAAUUAUAAGAUACUUAAUUAUUUGUUGAUGAAAAAAUGGAGGAAACACAAGAUUUUACAGAAGAUUAUUAUGAAAAGGUUCUCGAUUUAGUUGAAGAUUGUUAAAUAGAUGCAGCAUUUUAAUUAGCUUUAAAUAAUAAUGAUGAUUUCCUGAUAAUCUAAUUAAUGAUGACAUCUAAAGAUUAUUUCAGUGAAUUAAGUAAAAAAACUGCAGAGCAAUUGAUAAAGAAGUUCAAUGCUAUUUAUAAAUCUAAUUUUGUAGAAGUUAUUUUCAAAGAUUUUGCAAAUGAAGCCUUGAAGAUGCCAAAUAGAGAAAUGCUGAAAAUUGGAUAAAUAAAUUAAUUAUAAAAGUUUAUAUGAU